GGGAGCGAGCGUUGGGCGCACACACCCCUCUCGUGUCCCUUUGGACGGAAACUAGCUCAUUUUUCCCCCCUCAGUUUGAUAAGAGCGGCCCGAGGAGCUGCUGCUCGCGCACCAUGAGAGAGAGGCAGAAAGAGCACGCGCUGUUUGUUCGUUUCGUUGUAAAGAAGCUAGCAGGAGACCGCGGCUGUUCCCGUUAACCCCCGCCGAGAGCCACACCGGGAGAACCGAGCCACACGGGCCGAACUGGAAGACUGCUGGCGGCGGCGGCUUCUUCAGCGGACUGAAUGAAUUCGCUCUCAAAGAUGGCUUCAUUUCCAGACUCUGACCUGCAGACGUGUCCGCUCUGCAAGGAGCUGUGCGGAUCCUCCGCUCCCAUCUCCUCCAGCUCCUCCACCUCGUCCUCCUCCUCGCACACCUCCUCCUCCUCCAACCACACCUCCAAGAGGCUCCAUGUCCUGCCCUGCCUGCACGCCUUCUGCAGGCAGUGCCUGGAGAGCCAGCGCAAUCCCAGUGAACCCCUGAAGCUGAGGUGCCCCACUUGUGACCAGAAGUUUCCCAUCACCGAGGCUGGGGUAGACUCCCUGCCGUCCUCCAACUUCCUCUUCAGCAACCUGCUGGACGUGGUGGUGAGCUCCGAAGAGCAGAUCCAAAACAAGAACGGCCACCACCACCUCCGUGGCAGCCUGAUCGGAGGCUCCUCUGGCUUCCACCCCCCUCAUAGUGGCCUUUUGCACCCACAGCACAUUGGAGAACCUCAGUGCAGCUCCUGCGAUGAGGAGAACCCAGCCACAUCCCAUUGCCUUGACUGCCAGGAGUACCUCUGUGACAACUGCGUGAGAGCGCACCAGAGGGUCCGGCUGACUAAAGACCACUUCAUCGAGCGCCUGACAGACAGCCUCCACCUCAGCCGGGUCAACAGCAACUCAGGCCAGCCAGGGGUGUCUGUGUCCCUCGCCCAGUCUCUGCAAAACAACUUCGCCCUUUUGUCUCUGUUCCAAGAUCGAAUGAACUUUUGCCAGCACCACGACAACGAGGUGUUCCUGUUCUUCUGUGAAACCUGCUCGGUGCCAAUCUGCAGGGAGUGCAGCGUCGGCCGCCACAUGGGCCACACUUUUGUCUACCUGCAGGACGCCGUGCAGGACUGCAGAACCAUCACCAUCCAGCUGCUGGCAGACGCACAGCAGGGACGGCAGGCUGUCCAGUUAAGCAUGGAGAAGGUCCAGGCCAUGGCGGAGCAGGUGGAGAUCAAGGCAAAGGUGGUGCAGACUGAAGUGAAGGCGCUUGUUCUGAGGCACAAGAAAGCACUGGAGGAGAGAGAGUGUGAACUUCUGUGGAAGCUGGAGAAAAUCCGCCAGGUGAAAGCCAAAUCUUUGUACCUGCAAGUGGAGAAACUCCACCAGAGUCUCACCAAAUUGGAUGGCACCAUUGCUGCUGUGAGCCAGGUCCUAGAUGAGGGCCACCACCUCGACGUGCUGCUGGCCAAGGAGAGAAUGCUCACCCAGAUCCACGAACUCAAGGUCCUCAGGGGUCUGCUGCAGCCGCAAGAGGACGACCGCUUCAUGUUCACCCCUCCAGACCAGGCUCUAUACAUCGCCAUCCAGGCCAUGGGUAUGAUCAGCAGUGGGGCCUUUGCCCCCGUCACCAAAGCCCACGGUGAGGGUCUGAAGAAUGUGCUUCGUGGCAAGCCUGCCUCCUUCACCGUGAUUGGAUAUGAUCAUGAUGGUGAGCCACGUCUCUCCGGAGGGGACGCCGUGUCUGCAGUUGUCAUGUCAGUUGCAGACGGCAACCUGUCAGCGGUGGAGGUAACGGACCACCAGAAUGGCUCGUACACCGUCAGUUACCUCCCCAAAACUGAGGGGGAGCAUCUCGUGUCUGUGCUGGUGUGUAACCAGCACAUCCAGGGCAGCCCCUUCAAAGUGGUGGUAAAGUCAGGACGGAGCUAUGGGUCCCUCGGCUCCCAGGUGUCAUCGUUCGGGUGCGAGGGGGAGGGAGACGGACAGCUGUGUCGUCCUUGGGGCAUCAGCGUCGACAAGGAGGGAUACGUUGUGGUGGCUGACCGCAGCAACAACCGCAUUCAGAUCUUUAAACCUUGCGGUGCCUUCCACCAUAAGUUCGGCUCUCUGGGAUCUCGGCCCGGUCAGUUCGAUCGACCAGCCGGGGUUGCCUGUGACGGUCAGAGACGAAUCAUUGUGGCUGACAAGGACAAUCACCGUGUGCAGGUGUUUACUUUUGAGGGCCAGUUUCUGCUGAAGUUUGGGGAGAAGGGUACCAAGAACGGACAGUUCAACUAUCCCUGGGAUGUGGCUGUCAACUCUGAGGGCAAAAUCUUGGUCUCGGACACCAGGAACCACCGUGUGCAGCUCUUCAGCCCCGAUGGCUCGUUCCUCAACAAGUACGGCUUUGAAGGGGCUCUGUGGAAACACUUCGACUCCCCCAGGGGAGUAGCCUUUAACCACGAAGACCACCUGGUUGUGACCGACUUCAACAACCAUCGACUCCUCGUGAUCCAGCCGGACUGCCAGUCGGCUCGCUUUCUGGGCUCAGAAGGCACCGGGAACGGGCAGUUUCUGCGGCCACAGGGCGUCGCUGUGGACCAGGAGAACCGCAUCAUCGUGGCCGACUCCCGCAACCACAGAAUCCAAAUAUUCGAACCCAAUGGAAACUUUUUAUGCAAAUUUGGCACGCAGGGGAGUGGCUAUGGACAGAUGGACCGCCCCUCUGGUGUGGCUGUGACACCCGAUGGCGUCAUUGUGGUUGUUGACUUUGGAAAUAACCGCAUCCUCAAGUUCUAGAAAAAUCUAUUUUUGCAUUCUCUCCCUCCGUUUGACCUUUUUGCAGUUUUUUUUUUUUCACAAUGAAGGAAAUGGAGGAGAGAGAAUCAAUCAACAGAACGGGAGCUCAGAGAGGACUCGGUCGCUAAAAGGAAGGGACAUUAAAAUUACAGA